AUGCCGGCAAUUAUGGACGAUCCGUCAAGUCCAACCAUCUACCGUGUCACCGGGCAACCCCCUUUUCCGGAUCCCAACAAGCCGGAGCUACCACCAAAUAUUCUCCCUCGUCAGGUGACGCUACGAGAUCGUCAAACCAUUGCAACCGUCGUGCCGUUUGCUUCCCGUGAUCAAGUGCCUCCUUCAUUACUAGCCUAUCUCUCGGACCAAUUCGCAAAGGAGAUUGAAGGCGGGGAUACCUAUCCCAUGAUAGAUCCUAUGCCCCUGGACAAGUUUUCCGCUUACUGGUUCCAGAAUUUUGCUGGGAUCAUGCUUCUCGGCCAGAUCGACAGCGCUGCCGACGUGGUCGAGGGUAAAGACUGGUCGAGAGAAUGCCUCGGCAGUUUCUACAUUAAACCCAACUAUCCCGGCCGGAGCAGUCACGUGUGCAAUGGCGGCUUUCUAGUGACGGAUGCUUCUCGUAACCGUGGCGUGGGACGGCUCAUGGGUGAGAGUUAUUUGGAUUGGGCGCCAAAACUCGGAUAUACAUAUUCGGUAUUCAACCUCGUAUACGAGACGAACGUGGCCUCGUGCAAAAUCUGGGAUGCGCUUGGUUUUAAGCGUAUCGGACGUGUUAAGGGGUGCGGCAAUCUGAAGUCGUACCCGGAUCGGUUGAUCGAUGCCAUCAUCUACGGGCGGGACCUUGGGCCUGGCGCCGGAGAGGGCAACGGCGAACCCCUUCUCGUGAGUGAAGAGCGUUUCGACAAAAUUAAAUUCUACCUCAAGUACGGGCGCUACCCGAAUGGAUCUGACCGCGCCGAAAAAAGCAGGCUCCGGAGCGCCGCGACGCACUAUAAGCUACUCGACAAUGACGUAUUGAUGCUUAAGGAUAAGGAAGUUAUCAGCGACCCGAUCCGACAGAUGGACAUCUCGCGCCGCCUCCACGAGGCUGGCGGUCACGCCGGCAUAAACAAGACUACGGCGACUAUUGCUGAGAAGUAUCACUGGAGCCGCAUCAAGGAGACGGUUUCGGAUGUAAUUAGGACGUGUGAACAAUGCAAGGAAGCAAGCAAAACACCUUCCAUUCAGAAUUCUACUAGUUCUAAACGUCUCAACGUGGACUCCGAUAGCAGCAAUGUCGGCGUAAACGUUAUGCCAGUCCUCGAGCUGUCGACACCUACGCACAGCGAACUUCCAGCUCUAGUUGAUCCUCCACACCCAUAUGCUCGUCCCAGUGAUAUCACGUCUUUGUUAAACCCACCUAUGCAGACGUUAUCAGAUACUGGACUACCACCCCAUCAUCACCUUUUACAAACUCAGCUCCACCACGACUCUGCUGCGACCCUCGCCUCCCUACAUGAAGCUACAAAUAUGUACCACCCUAUAGACCCGCAGAUCAUAUCUCAGCCAACGCACCACCACCUUCACCAACCAGCGACGCAUCAUCCCCACGCAUUCAACUCCUUCCAUCCUCACGACACACACGGCGACGACGACGACUCCGAGAUGGACAUCGACGGCGGUGGUGGGGACGAAGGGCCGUCGAUAGGAGGAGACACGGCGAGUGGUAACACCGGCAAGCGGAGCAGCAUCUACAACGUCGUUUUCAACGGGCCGGAGCGAGAUUAA